AUGGGCAAGUAUAGCAUGCUGCACAACAUCAACAAGGUGUUGUGCGUUAUGCUCGAUGAUGGCCGCACCGUCACCGGCAAACUGCUCGUCUUUGACAAGCACAUGAAUGUCAUUCUUGGCGACGCGCUCGAGGAGCGGCCGCAGUCGAAGAAGAUGGCGGAGGAGGGCGUCUCGUCCAAGCGCCAGCUGGGGCUUAUCUUGCUGCGCGGCGAACACGUUGUGUCCGUCAUAGUGAUGAAGGAUAGCGAGAAUGGGGGAAGCGGGGCUGUGGCGAACUUUGGCGGCGCACCUAAGUCGGCGAAGGCAACCGCGGUGAAGCGCAAGCGCGGCGCGUAG